AUGGUACCUCAAAUGCCAAUACUAUCGUCUACGUUUGUAACCGAUGGACAAACAACAGCUAUAACAAAACCAACGUCAUCGGGACAACUCAUCUCCAAUACAAUUGGUCAGCUACAAUGUAUGAGCCGCGAUGAUGCCAAACAUUUCAGAUGCAACUUUCCAAGUAACGCGUGCGUUUGCUCACUAGCAACGAAUCAAGCUAAGCUGUACAGCUUUUCCACCGCUUCCUCACCAUACCUAUUGAAAAGGGAGUACGAGGAAGCGGAUACUAUAUCGCCGAAGCUGCUCACUGCUGGACUACAGUGGAUAAUGAGAUCACUUGGUUGGGAAGAAAGGGGCAUACGUGCUGACAAGUACCAACGAAGCGAAGACGAUGCUCAAGGAAUUGAACGAAACACGGAAGAGAAUAGGACUGCGAAUAAACAGAAGUUAAUGAAGAACGCCUACCGCGAGGACGGAGCGUUGCAUCCGAGACGGAUAUACUCGUUUAUACCGACAUUGCUACUACUUUUAACACUCUUGACAGAAAUUGAAGCAGGGACUUUUGAAAAGCUUUGCGCCUCUCCCGGGUUUUUUGGCAAAGGGGUUUUAGAGGUUAAUAGUGAGGAGACGCUGUGCUCGGUGAGGUUCAGGUUUAAAACAAAAAGACAAACAGAUGCUAUCUCUGCAUGCAAGAAGGUCCUUCCGGCUGAAGUAAUUGAAGCUAAAGAGGGAAGUGAAACUGAAUGUGUCUACAAGAAAACCCCAACAGAAUGUCAAGAUGAUGAGGAAACGAUAUUCGGGUACUGUAUGAAACUCGUGCAUAACUCAAUUUAUGAAUUUGCGCCGAAUGGAUGUGGUCCUAAUUACAAUAUCCAUGAGCUGGGAUGGAAAUUAGAGGAGAGGAAGUGGAUUGUUGUUAUAUUCAAACCAAUUUCACGCUCAUAUGUAUGGGUGAGGAAUACUCCAGUGGAUGGUAAAGUAUACGGAAUGAAAGUGCUUUACGAUAGAAACUGCAGUGGAAGAAAUUGUGCUAUCAAACCGACUUCACAAUUAAAACUACGCAUGAAGCCAAGAGGAUUCAGAGGGAAAUAUUAUUAUGGGCAUCAUAAAGAAAAAGUGGACUACCUAUGUUCUAGAGUGGAUCCUGCGUCAUUAAAUACAGAUGUGUGGUUGUAA